AAGAGCCAUGCGAUACAAUUGGCCUCCAGUGGUGACUGAAAUAAAAAGCGAAUAACGUUGAACACUUGAAGGUAACACGUAAUAAAAAGGUAGAAUUCAAAUCUGAAUGUUUCCAGGCAGUUUAAAAAUCGACCGCUAGAUGUACUCAAGUUGCCUAGAGAAGAAACCGAAAAAAAGUUCGAAAAGUUGUAAAUACAUGUUCCUUAAUUUCUGUCUAAUCGAGAUUGUCGUGUAAAAACACAAUCAGCUUAAAAUGGUGUCGUGUAUGAUGAGACAGAGUGACGAAAAACACAUUCUUGGAACUGCGUCAACAGAAAUCCUUUUGUGGUCUUCCAGACGAGAUCUGAUUGCCGUCUCAAACAGCUCUGGUGAGGUUUUUCUGAGAAGGUUGUCAUGGAGCAAAGUUUGGAAGCUUUCUAAAAGAGGUGAUGGUGUCAAAGUCACAGCGAUCGUUUGGAGACCAGACAGUGUGAUACUAGCUGUAGGAUACAGUUCUGGGCAUGUGGUUCUAGUUGACGUUGAAUCUGGAGAAGUAGUACACACAUUCAACCCAUGUGAGGAACCCAUCACAGCUCUUUCCUGGGAAAACUGCAGCACAAGUGUGAAAGAAGAGGCAGACAAUUUUUUGCUGCCAGAACUGCUGCCUCAACCAUUGAAAGUUAACUCUUCAAAGCUAGAUGCUGGGUCAGCACUUGAUGGCGACAAAGGAUUGAAACAUGAAGAAUUACUGAGCAUUUUGUGGAUUGGACUAAAGAAUGGGUUAGUUUACGGAUUCGCCUUUGGACUCUUUCCUUGCUGCCUUCUAAAACUUUCAGAAAUGAGUGGUGGGAGCGAUUCAAUCGGACCUGUACGAAGUGUUUUCCCGAAUGGUGAUCACAGCCAACUGUGUUUACUAGCCGAUGUUCGUGCCGGAUCCUCAGAAGUUUUACUCAUGACUGUGGAAACCCCACUCAUAACUCAUUGUUUGAAAGAGUUGUACGGUCUAGGAUUUCUCUAUCGGCAGAUAACUGGCCUCAUGGACUGCCUAAUCAGUGCUCAGAAAGCUCUACAAGAAGCCUGGGAGGAUGCACUAGUCGACCUCGAAUCGAAAAUGGUUCGCUAUGAAAGCAACGACGGCAAGAGUAGCUUAUCUGUCGACUUGAUGGAGCUCCUGAUGUUUGGCCACGCCGGGAUCAAGCUGGAGAAAUUUCUUGUUACCGAUUUGACUGACAAAGGAUUGAAACGAAUCGGCCAAGCCGUAGAGUUAUCCUAUAGCAACAUGCAGAAACUGCUCAUCAAACACAUCGUGUGUGCCAACUACCAACUGUCGCACUAUUUGACACAACUUUGCGGGCUGGCCAAACAAGAAGAUCGUUUCUCAUGCCUCGGCCUCCAAGUCAAUUCGUGUUUAGCUGCAUACCGGGCGGCCGGCUCUUUUACCGCCAAAACCGCUGAGCUUCAACAGGUGAUCGAUGGUUCUGUCAAGUACCUCAAGACAUUCUUCCGCUGGCUUUACGUUACCAUCUUGCGCCUCUCGGACGAGCCUAUCCCACCCGAGCUUGCCACCAGUACCCAGCAAGAUGUACGGUUUAUCGCCAACUUCCUCGCCAAAGAUUUUGAGACCGAUGGACAAGUACGUCUGGAUCGUAUUGGGCAAUAUUUGAGGAAUGAGCCGUUGACUUUUGUUGCCAGCUCUAAAACUAGACCCUGGGACAUGUUGAUAGAAGCUUGUCCAUCUAUUGCGAAUCUUCAGGACUCGGACUUAUUUCAACCCCGUGCUGAACGCUCUCUUGCUCAAGAGUUCGCCCAUUUGGAACAUCAGGUCAAAGCCAGUUUCGAAGCUAUCCCUUCAGCUGUUGGACAGACUGCGUCGUUGCCGUUUAUCACCGACCUGACGUUAGAUUGUCCUUCGGACAGUCUGGACAAGAUCAGAAUCACAACACGAUCCAUCAACCAACCAAAAGAUCGGUGUAAUCUUCUUGGCUUGACAAAUUCGACCACUCAUUCUUCAGGAUUUUACCUGUUUGAAUUCGCCUCCGAGAAGGAACGUAAGAACUUGACUCGAGCAGCAUUCUUCUCCUUUGGCAAGUGCGACCAUCUACCUCCUGGCGAAUAUAAAAUAGCUGAUCUGCAGUUCUAUAACAACGAGAUUAUGUCAGUUUUGCUUUCGAUCGAACGCAGCACGAAUAGCAUCUUCGUACAACUCAGUCUAUGUCUGUUACGCGAACAUUUGGCUCCCGUUGUGUCACGGCGAGGACCUUUUAACUCGUCCUUCCAUUCAGACGUUUUCGUUUCAUCAGUUCUCAGCCAAGGCAAUCUUCGAUCAGUGGAUGUCAAUACCUUUAUUGAAGCAAGCUCGUUUCGUGUCUUAAACGACUUUCAGGCUACUACCCUCGGUCUAUCGUCCAGUCGAAAGGUUGCCGCUAUCUUUUCUUCGUCAAAAAGGAAGGUUCGCAUAUUUGACAUGGAAGUUGAAGAGGAAGAAGACGUCGAAGACGAGGAUCAGGACAUUGAGGAUGUUUCAGACUUAUCGCACGAUAUAUCAAAAGAUGGAGGAAAUCAAAAGGAUAUCAGCGACGUGGAUAUGGCCGUCUCUCCCUGAUGGACUAUUAGGACCAAACAUCUUGCUGACAGUUCAUCAGAUGAAAUCGUCCAUGUGUUCGUGAUGCCUCUCUCGAGAUAGGAGUUUUAGUUCCACUCCAUCGAGAGUUAAAGCAUCUUGAAGUUGAAUUUCCACGUUGUAAGCGUUUGCCUAUAAUUGUUAAUAAAAUUGCAUAUCAAAACGAAA